CCACCAAACAGCAGAUGCCCCCAUUCCCAUUCUAGACUCCAGCAUGAAAUUGGUCAAAACCGACUCCCAAACACCCCGAUUGAAAUCCUCGAGUCUAAUUCAUCCCUAGAAUCGGAAAACCCCUAAACGAAUACUAAAACUGGAAUAAACAACCCGCUUCUCCCAAAAUCAAAACCCUAAUAAAAAUGUUUUCAAUUGUUCUUCGAUCUCGAAUAAUUUCAAAUAAUUGCAGUUCAAAGAUCUAUAACCGAAGGGUUUUGAGUUCAGGAGUGGUUUCUUCUUCUUCUUCAAAUCCUUCUAAAGAAACGAUCGCCGCUUCACAAUCUAUUCUCUCUGAUCAAUCUACGCCGCCUUCUCCUUCUCCUGAGUCGGAAGCUGCCCCACAUGCUUCGGGAAGGAAAUCUUGGAGCUUUCUCAAGUACGGACUCACCGCAGCUGUUACUGGAGCUGUUGGCUAUACUGGUUAUCUCUCUUAUAGGUGUUCAUACGAGGAAGUAGAUCAUAAGGCAAAGGCAUUGCGGGCUGCAGCGAGUUAUACUCCUUGUGAAGAUGCCUCUGCUGUUGAUAAAUAUCGAGGUAUGCUCUACUCUGCUGCACUGACAGUUCCAGCUAAAGCACUUGAAUCUUAUCUGGAUCUCAGGAGGUUGGUGGAAGAAAACGUGCUGGAAUUUACUGAACCAACCUCAGAUAAGCUUCUUCCUGAUUUGCAUCCUCAAGAACAACAUGUUUUCACUCUUGUCCUAGAUCUGAAUGAGACAUUACUUUAUACAGAUUGGAAGCGAGAGAGAGGUUGGCGUACCUUCAAAAGACCUGGAGUUGACGCCUUUUUGGAACAUCUGGCAAAGUUCUACGAAAUUGUUGUAUAUUCUGACCAGAUGAAUAUGUAUGUCGAUCCUGUUUGCGAAAGGUUGGAUCCUAACAAUUAUAUACGAUAUAGGCUAUCAAGGGGUGCUACUAAAUAUCAGAAUGGCAAGCAUUAUAGAGAUCUUUCAAAGCUUAACAGGAAUCCAGCCAAGAUUUUAUAUGUGAGUGCUCAAGCAUUUGAUUCUAGCCUUCAACCCGAAAAUUGUGUCCCUAUUAAGCCUUUUAAGCUUGAGACAGAUGAUACAGCACUUUUGGAUCUUAUUCCGUUUCUUGAAUGCGAAUGCAAGAACAGAGGCAGCAAGGUCGUUUUUGGCGGUGAUGACGACAGAGUUAUGUAUAGCUGAUGGAACAGAAGAAUUUGAAAGACAGUAUUGUUCAAUUUUUCAAGCUCCAUUUUUGCCAGUAAACCUGAUAAAGAUCAUGCAUUGAUGAAUUGCAUCUUGCAUUGCAUCAUUUAAAUGUUGACAAGAGAACUUGCAAAUUUUUUUGCCGAGAUGUAGGCAAGCUUCCAAUAUCUUAGAUAUUUGAUGAAAUUAAAAUUUUGGUCACAGCUGAUGUACGGUUAUUGUUUAUUGCAUUAUUCAGUUACUUUUCCACAUAAUAAUCCUAGUCUUUCCAAAACUUGAGUGAUUGAUAAAUCACCUACUGAGCAAGUGGACUCAUUUUGAUAAUACAGAAUUAGUUCACAAAUCUGUCUUAAACCAACAACUAGACAUGGUGAUUUGUGUAUUUUUAUCA